AUGGCGCCCAUACCCAUCAAGUUCCAUGAGCUGGUGCAGCUCGCCAAUGUCGGCGUCGACACGCAAUCCAUUGGCUUCAACUCCUGCACCCUCGAGUCCGACGCCUACGUUUGCAUCCGAGAAAAGAAGAACGAAGCCGCUCAGCCCGAGGUCGUCAUCGUCGAGCUCAAGAAUGGCAACAACGUCACCCGCCGGCCCAUCAAGGCCGACAGUGCCAUCAUGCACUGGAACCGACAAGUCAUUGCCCUCAAGGCCCAGUCUCGGACAUUGCAGAUCUUCGACCUCGAGCAGAAGAAGAAGCUCAAGUCGUGCACUAUGAACGAGGAUGUCCAGUUCUGGAGGUGGAUCAGCGAUUCCACCCUGGGCCUGGUCACCACGAGCAGUGUGUACCACUGGGAUGUGUACGAUGCUUCCCAGGAGGCUCCGUCCAAGGUUUUCGAGCGCAAUGCCAACCUUAAUGUACACUCUACUCUAGUCUUCCCCGACCUCCCCGUUCCCCAUGAGCUGACCGUUCCCUUUUUCUCUCAGGGCUGCCAAAUCAUUAAUUACCGUGCCAACGAGGACGGCAAGUGGAUGGUUGUCGUCGGCAUCUCCUCCCAGCAGGGCCGCGUUGUCGGUGCCAUGCAGCUGUACUCAAAGGACCGUGGCAUUAGUCAAGCCAUCGAGGGCCAUGCCGCUGCAUUCGGCUCCCUGCGGCUGGAGGGCGCCCCCCAGGAUACGAAGCUCUUCAGUUUCGCCGUCCGCACCGCCACCGGCGCCAAGCUACACAUCGUCGAGGUCGAUCACGCAGAGUCGAAUCCCGUCUUUCAGAAGAAGGCGGUCGAUAUCUACUUCCCCCCGGAGGCGACCAACGACUUCCCCGUGGCUCUUCAGAUCUCCCAAAGAUACGGCGUCAUCUUCAUGGUGACCAAGUAUGGCUUCAUCCACCUCUACGAUCUGGAGUCCGGAAGCACCAUCUUCAUGAACCGCAUCUCGAGCGAGACCAUCUUCACCAGCUGCGCUGACAGUGACUCCUCCGGCCUCGUGGGUAUCAACCGCAAGGGCCAGGUCCUCUUCGUGACUAUUGAUGACUCGACCAUCAUCCCGUAUCUCCUCGAGAACCCUGCCAACACAGAAAUCGCAAUCAAGCUUGCCUCCAGAGCCGGACUGCCUGGUGCGGACAACCUCUACGCGAAGCAGUUCGACCAGUUGUUCAACUCCGGCAACUACAUGGAGGCCGCCAAGAUCGCGGCCAACUCGCCCCGAGGCUUUCUGCGAACGGCCGAGACGAUCGAGAAGUUCAAGAGGCUGCCUGCCCAGCCCGGCCAAAUGGCGUUCACGCUCCAAUACUUUGGUCUGCUGCUGGACAAGGGCGCUCUGAACCAGCAGGAGACUAUCGAGCUCGCUCAGCCGGUUCUCCAGCAGAAUAGAAAGCACUUGCUUGAGAAGUGGCUCAAGGAGGGCAAGCUGGACUGCUCCGAGCGGCUCGGCGACAUGGUUCGCCCUUACGACGUCAACAUGGCCUUGUCCAUCUACCUCAAGGCCAACGUGCCCCAGAAGGUCGUUGCAGGCUUCGCUGAGACUGGCCAAUUCGACAAGAUUUUGCCGUACGCCGCUCAAACCGGCUACCAGCCCGACUACAUCCAGCUCCUUCAGCACAUCAUCCGCGUCAACCCCGAGAAAGGUGCUGAGUUUGCGACGGCAUUGGCCAACAGCGAGCAGGGCCCGCUGGUCGACUUUGAGCGGGUCUGCGACAUCUUCCAGUCCCAGGGUAUGAUCCAGCAGGCGACUGCCUUCCUGCUCGACGCACUCAAGGAGAACAAGCCCGAGCAUGCGCGCCUGCAGACGCGUCUGCUGGAGAUGAACCUCAUGCACGCUCCCCAAGUUGCCGAGGCCAUCCUCGGCAACGACAUGUUCACCCACUUCGACAAGCCCCGGAUCGCUCAGCUCUGCGAGCAGGCAGGCCUGGCUCAAAAGGCGCUGGAGCUGUACGAGGACCCCGAGUCCAUUAAGCGUGUGAUUGUCAACAUUCCGGGCAGCUCCAACUUCAACCCGGAGUGGUUGACCAGCUUCUUCGGAAAGCUCUCCGUGGAGCAGUCGCUGGACUGCCUCGAUGCCAUGAUGAAGCACAACAUUCGGCAGAAUCUUCAGUCAGUUGUUAACAUCGCGACCAAGUACUCCGAGCUGCUGGGCCCGGUCCGUCUCAUCGAUCUCUUCGAGAAGUACAAGACUGCCGAGGGUCUCUUCUACUACCUGGGUAGCAUUGUCAAUCUGUCCGAGGACCCCGAUGUGCACUUCAAGUACAUCGAGGCCGCGACGCGUUCCAACCAGUUGAACGAGGUCGAGCGAAUCUGCCGUGACAGCAGCUUCUAUAACCCCGAGAAGGUCAAGAACUUCCUGAAGGAAGCGAAACUGCCCGAGCAGCUGCCUCUCAUCAUUGUGUGCGACAGGUUCAACUUUGUCCAUGACCUGAUCCUCUACCUCUACCAGAACCAGCAGUUCCAGGCCAUCGAAUCGUAUGUUCAGCGCGUCAACCCUUCGCGAACUCCGGCCGUCAUUGGUGGUCUUUUGGACGUCGAUUGCGACGAGAACAUCAUCAAGCAGCUUCUUAGCACUGUCAAUGCUCAGCAGAUCAACAUCGAUGAGCUGGUCUCGGAAGUCGAGUCGCGCAACCGCCUCAAGCUGCUGCUUCCCUUCCUGGAGGCCACGCUUCAAGCCGGCAACCAGCAGCAGGCCGUCUACAACGCCUUGGCCAAGAUUUACAUUGACUCCAACAACAACCCAGAGAAGUUCCUCAAGGAGAACGACCAGUACGACACCCUGACUGUGGGCAAGUACUGCGAGAAGCGCGACCCCAACCUGGCCUACAUUGCCUACUCCAAGGGCCAGAAUGACCUGGAGCUGGUAAACAUCACCAACGAGAAUGCCAUGUACCGUGCGCAGGCUCGCUACCUGCUUGAGCGUGCCGACGCAGAGCUGUGGCGAUUCGUCCUCAGCGAGAACAACAUUCACCGACGCUCGGUCGUGGACCAGGUCACGUCUACCGCCGUGCCCGAAUCGACUGACCCAGCCAAGGUCUCGGUUGCCGUCUCUGCGCUCCUUGACAACGACAUGCCUCUGGAGCUUAUUGAGCUGCUCGAGAAGAUUGUCCUGGAGCCUUCCCCCUUCAGCGACAACCAGAACCUCCAGAAUCUUCUCCUUUUCACAGCUGCCAAGGCGGACAAGGCUCGCGUGAUGGACUACAUCCACAAGCUCGACGGCUACAAUGCUGAUGAGAUUGCUUCGUCCUGCAUUGAUGUCGGGCUUUUCGAGGAGGCCUUUGAGAUCUACAAGAAGGCCGACAACAAGGAGGCCGCCGUCAACGUUCUCGUUGAGCAUGUUGUUAGCAUCGACCGCUCGCAGGCCUACGCCGAGGAGGUUGACAUCCCUGAGGUCUGGAGCAAGGUUGCCAAGGCUCAGCUUGACGGGCUGCGGGUAGCCGACUCCAUCGAAUCCUACAUCAAGGCCGAUGAUCCUAAGAACUAUCCCGAGGUGAUCGAGAUCGCCACUCACGCCGGGAAGAACGAGGAGCUUGUCAAGUACCUGCGCAUGGCCCGCAAGACGCUGCGCGAGCCUGCCAUCGAUACCGCCUUGGCUUUCUGCUACGCUCGUCUGGACCAGCUGGCUGAGCUCGAGGACUUCCUGCGAGCUACUAACGUCGCCAACAUCGAGGAGUCCGGUGACAAGGCCUAUGAGGAGGGACUCUUUGAGGCCUCCAAGAUCUUCUACAGCAGCAUUUCCAACUGGGCCAAGCUUGCCACGACGCUUGUGCACCUCGGCGACUACCAGGCCGCCGUCGACUGCGCUCGCAAGGCGAAUAACAUCAAGGUCUGGAAACAGGUUCACGAGGCCUGCGUUGAGAAGAAGGAGUUCCGCCUGGCCCAGAUCUGCGGCCUGAACCUGAUUGUCGAUGCCGAGCAGCUGCAGACGCUCGUCAAGGACUACGAGCGCAACGGGUACUUUGACGAGCUCAUCAGCCUCUUGGAGCAAGGUCUCGGCCUUGAGCGUGCCCACAUGGGCAUGUUCACGGAGCUGGGCAUCGCGCUCUCCAGGUACCAUCCGGAGCGGUUGAUGGAGCACAUCAAGCUCUUCUGGUCCAGGAUGAACAUGCCGAAGAUGAUUCGCGCUUGCGAGGAAGCCAACCUGUGGCCGGAGCUGGUUUUCUGCUAUUGCCAUUACGACGAGUUUGACAACGCCGCCCUCGCGGUCAUCGAGCGACCGGAGAACUCCUGGGAACACCAGCAGUUCAAGGAGAUUGUUGUCAAGGUUGCCAACUUGGAGAUCUACUACCGCGCGAUCAAGUUCUACGUCGAGCAGCACCCCUCGCUGCUCACGGACCUGCUUGCAGCGUUGACUGCCCGCAUCGAUGUCAACCGCGUCGUCAAGAUGUUCCAGAAGAACGACAGCUUGCCGCUGAUCAAGCCAUUCCUUCUGAAUGUGCAGUCACAGAACAAGCGCGUCGUCAACGAGGCCGUCAACGACUUGCUCAUCGAGGAAGAGGACUACAAGACGCUCCGCGACUCUGUCCAAAAUUACGACAACUACGACGCUGUCGAGCUGGCUGGCCGCCUGGAGAAGCAUGACCUGAUCUUCUUCCGCCAGAUCGCCGCCAACAUUUACCGCAAGAAUAAGCGUUGGGAGAAGUCGAUCGCACUGUCGAAGCAGGACAAGCUGUUCAAGGAUGCAAUCGAGACCGCCGCCACGUCGGGUAAGACUGACAUUGUCGAGGAUCUCGUCCGAUACUUUGUCGACAUUGGACACCGCGAGUGCUAUACUGGCAUGCUUUACGCCUGCAACGAGCUCAUCCGCCCGGAUCUCGUUUUGGAGCUCUCGUGGCGUCAUGGACUCACGGACUUCAGCAUGCCUUACAUGAUCAACAUGCUUGCCCAGCAGACCCGAGAGAUCGCACUCCUCAAGUCCGAUAACGAGGCUCGCAAGGCCAAGGAAAAGGAGCAGGAGAAGACAGAUGACAACACUCCGAUCCUCGGCGCUGGACGGCUGAUGAUCACGGCUGGACCUGGUGGCAUGGGCGGAGCUUCGCCUGCGCCGUACGGCCAGACAAACGGUUUCGCGCCGCAACCCACUGGCUACGGAUACUAG